UUUCUUGAGCCAGUGGAUCCUAAUAUUGUCACUGACUACUCGACUGUGAUUCGUGAACCAAUGGAUCUUUCGACCAUGGCAAACAAAGUGGCUUCAAAUCUUUAUUCUUCGUGUGCUGAAUUUUGUAAAGAUUUUGAGCUUGUCAUUAAAAAUGCAAAGACAUACAACUCUAAAGCUACGUUGUAUUACAAAGAAGCCGAGAAGCUGGAUCAG